CCUUGCUUGAUCCUGCUUUUAGUUUCAGAAACUUUCACGGUAUUUCCAUUUCCAUUUCCCAAGAAUUUCGCAAUGGCUCUCUCUACUGUACGAUCCCUUACAAGAGGCUUCUUCUUCGUUCAUCCUCAAGAAGUGGUGAGUUAGUUACUUUUACCAUUGAGGAAUUUGUGUGUUUUACUGUACGGGUUUGCUGACCUUGAAACACCUUUGCGCAGGGUCGCCUCAUUGAAACGACCGUGGCCAAUGAAGCUUGGACGCCCGCCGUGUUACUCUCUGUACACGAUACUGGCUUCAAUUCUGAGCAAGUUCAAAGGGCUCUAGGGGAUUUUGGCAACCGCGAUGACGUUUUCUCCGACUAUUCCAGCUCCAAUAUCAUUUUGCAACCGGACGAAAAUAUCAACAUUAAUGUUGAUGAUGUUGCUGCCAGGCUCGCCAGGAGCAACCUUUUUGACCGUAUCUACACAAAAGAUGUAAACGAUAAGAGUGCUUCCCUCCCUCCAGGGCCCUACUUCGUUCAAGGUAAAUCAAUCCAUCAGGCUUGGAAACUCUAUAAGGAUAGUCUUGACGCGUUCGUCAUUCCUACCAUUACUAAUGACCUUCACGACCCUACAAGGUUAGUAGGCUCACUCCUCUGUCCAUACUCCUCGGUUCAUACUUAUGAUUCGUGCCCUUAGCUUCUCUGUACUCCAAGCAGUCUCACAGCACGGUUCUUUCAGGUGUAUUGCUGUUCCUAGUCGCCUCUACUUCACUCCAAGCAAGGAGAAGCCAUUGGCCGGUACUCGCGUGAGCAUCAAAGACAACUACGAUUUGAAGGGAAUUCGAACCACGAUGAUGAACAGGGCAUACAAUGAAUUAUAUUUAUUAUCCAGAGCGUACUUCCUCUGCGGACUACGUCGUUAAGCUUAUUGAGCUUGGUGCUACCAUUGUGGGAAAGACAAAAAUGUCUGCUUUUGCAUCUGCAGAGGAGCCAACUGAUCAGUGGAUUGACUACCAUUGCCCCUUCAACCCCAGAGGUGAUAUGUAUCAGACCCCUUCGUUCAGCUCUGCUGGUGCAGGUGCUUCACUUGCGGGCUAUCCCUGGCUGGACCAUUCAAUCGGAAGUGAUAGUAAGUGGCAUUCAAGUUUUCUGUGGUAUUAUGCUUACACAGUCAAAGCGUCUGGUAUUAUCCGUCUUCCUGCAGCUUUUAAUGGUCUUUUCGGCCUCAUAACCACCUAUGGUAUUACCUGUCGACAGGGUAUCGUUCCGAGUUGCAAGUGUGUCUCCAGAAUGGUCUCCCAGGGUAUAGAUGAAUCUAAUGAUGUGCAAUAGCGAGUUUGACACUGUUUGCACCCUACACAGAAGUCUAAGAGAUGCUAAAUAUCUCAUCUCCGCAACCUUGGAUGUCCAGGAUUCGGUUGAGGUAAGAAUGGAUUUCCCAUACAACAAUUGUCAUAAUCUAACUAUACAAGUUUCCUAAACGCUUGCUCUAUCCUUCAGACUUCUUUCCAUUGGCAGACCCCGAACAGCAGAAGAUGAACGAUGCAUUCAUCACAAUAGUUGAGAACUAUCUCGGUGUAAAGCGAACUCCCAUUAGUAUCACAGACACCUGGGAAUCUAACCCUCCUCCAGAAGCAGGGAAAAAAUCACUGCUUGAAUAUCUUGAAAUGGUAUUUAUCUGGCGAUUUAUACGUUUUGAUUAACAUGAACUAAGAUCAACAGAGCGCUGUAUGGCCUAUGUACUACGAUGCAUAUCAUACGUUCGAUGAAUUUCGACGUGACUACCUUGCCGAAUUUGGGAAGGUAGCUUAUGUAGGACUAUACAUGCAGAAACGAUGGUCAGUUUCGAGAAUCAUCGCAGUUCUGAAGAUAUUUAACGUUGAACUAGGAGCAUUACAGUUCCCUUCACUAAAGAAGAACGCGCGCAGGGGGUGGCAGAAAUGAAAGUUUUCAGAUCUUGGUUUGAAAAGAAUAUCAUGGGGCCAAACAGUAACACGGUCACUGAUGCUAUUAUGCUCAUGCCGUUUGGUUCUGCAAGCCCGAAGUACCGGGAUGAUGCCAACAAGUAGGUAUCGAUCGUUACCUCCAGAUAUUAUCCUAACCGCGAGAAGGCUUCCCAGCAUUGUUGGAUCAUUCUCGGUAUUUUACCUACCUGCAGUACUUCAAACCCCACUACUCAUUAUCCUCAGUAAGUGGCUACACCCUAGGUCUCAGUUCCUACAUUUUUACUCACUUGCUUUUUGUAGUCGGACAGAAGCCAUAUAACUCGCGCAUCAGCGGGUCAAAGGAAUACAUGCCUAUCGUUGGUAGCUUCAUGGGUGCAAAGGGAAGCGAUGUGAUGUUAAUCAAUUUAGCUGAUUCGGCACUCAGAAGUGCCAACUGGCCGACUCAAGUAAAAAAAGGUCGUCAAGCUUUUGCGGUUAGCGAGAUGGUUUGCAACGUGUUACAAUAGAUCUAGCGAGUUUUUCA